UCUUUCCUCACACAACAGAGCUCUUUAAGCCCCGGCGCGCGACACAGAGCAGGCAUUCAUAGAAGGGCAGCGCGAACGAGGGGGCUAGGGAGUGAGCGCGAGCGUCACUUUGGAAACUCGGGAACACACGGACUCUCGUGCUAAACGGGCGACCUCAUUUUUCAUUACUGAAUAUUUAGCUAAAGGACUACAAUUUCAAAGACUGCAAGGGAGAGGACACUGUGCUACUGGAGCAAGUGGUGGGAAUCAACAGGUAAACUGGGAUCCACAAUACGCGCUCAGCGUAAGAUACCAGCAACACGGAUGGAAAGAACUUUGAUGAGGAAUCCUAACAGAAUUUUAGAACGUAGACUGAGAGUUGAGACUGACUGGGAAUUUAUAUAAAGGAGACCUCGAGUGACAGAAGCAAUCCUUUAGUUUUAAACAGGCAUAGUUUAUAUUCCUGAGAAAGGGUGAACUUCUUCAUUAGUUCAGACAUAGGGAUAGGCCUAGGCUUAGUAGUUGAAUAGGUCAAGAAGCUAUACCCUGUACACUUUCUGUUACUCACCUGAGGGAGGAAGCUUUCUUGGAAGAGGGGAAAGAUGUCGGGAGAGGAGCAGAGUUUAUCUGAGUUAGAAAUGAGUCCAGGGGUCUCGGACGACGGUCACUCCUUGUCACCGGGUCACUCCUCCAGUGCAGCAGGCGGAGGAGACUCACCCCUGUCCGGACCGCAGCCCCAGCUGACGGGGGUCGGCGACGACGCCCUAUCCGAUGUAGCUGGCGGGAUUUCCAUCAAGUCCGAUGAAGACGACGAUCGCUUUCCUAUUGGUAUCCGCGAGGCAGUGAGCCAGGUGCUGAACGGCUACGACUGGACACUCGUACCUAUGCCUGUGCGUGUAAACUCCGGCAGCAAAAGCAAGCCGCACGUGAAAAGGCCUAUGAACGCCUUCAUGGUGUGGGCACAGGCCGCACGGAGAAAACUGGCAGACCAGUAUCCCCACCUCCACAACGCUGAGCUCAGCAAAACCCUCGGGAAACUAUGGAGGCUCUUGAAUGAGAGUGAUAAGAAGCCUUUCAUCGAGGAGGCGGAGAGGCUGAGGAAGCAGCACAAGAAGGACUACCCGGAGUACAAGUACCAGCCACGCCGCCGCAAGAACGGCAAACCCGGCUCCGGCUCUGAAGCUGACGGCCACUCGGAGGGUGAGGUCAGCCAUAGCCAAUCGCACUACAAGAGCCUCCACCUGGACGUGGCUGCCCACGUCAGGGGGGCGGGGUCUCCUCUGGCUGAUGGACACCACCUACAUACUGCAGGCCAGAGCCACAGCCCUCCUACACCACCCACCACCCCCAAGACGGAGCUCCAGUCUGGGAAGUCGGGCGAUGGGAAGCGGGAGGGUGGUGGAGCAGGUGGCUCCCGUGGGGGAAUGGGGGUAGGAGCGGAAGGUGGCUCUGGAUCAGGGUCAGUCAAACCACACAUUGAUUUCGGCAACGUGGACAUCGGUGAGAUCAGCCACGAGGUGAUGGCCAACAUGGAGCCCUUUGAUGUGAACGAGUUUGACCAGUACCUGCCCCCCAAUGGGCACCCGGGGAUUGGACAGAGUGCUGGGUCAGCGGCAGCAGCAGGGUCCUCUGCAUCUCCCUAUGCCUACGGUAUCUCCUCUGCCCUGGCCGUGGCCAGUGGACACUCUGCAGCGUGGCUAUCCAAGCAGCACCAGCAGCAUCAUGCCUCACCUCUGGGCUCCGACCCCUCCAAGGCCCAGAUUAAGAGUGAGGCCGGCUCGGGGGGACACUUUGCCGAAGCAUCCUCAGGGGGUUCCCAUGUCACCUACACUCCCCUCAGCCUGCCCCACUACAGCUCUGCUUUCCCCUCACUGGCCUCCAGGGCCCAGUUUGCAGAGUAUGCUGACCACCAGGCCUCGGGUUCCUACUACGCCCACUCCAGCCAGGCCUCAGGGCUGUACUCUGCCUUCUCCUACAUGGGGCCCUCGCAGAGGCCCCUGUAUACAGCCAUCACUGACCCAUCCAGCGUGCCACAGUCACACAGCCCCACGCACUGGGAGCAGCCGGUCUACACCACCCUGUCGCGGCCCUGACAAAGACCGGGAGCAGAGGGCUCUGGUGCAGAUUUGGCCCCAACGGCAGACCCACAGAGCGGAGGAGACCUGGGUUGGAGGCAGUGGAGA